AUGUGAGGGGCGGGGUGUAAUUCUGACCCUGGUGAACAGCAGUUUGGUCCGACUGGCUAUUAUGGCUUCGGUUGCAGAAGCAGGAGAGCCCAGCUCGGUCACGGCGGAGGCGUCUGCCCCAUUGGAGGACCCGGCGGAAAAGCUCACCUUAGAGAUCCUGGAAGGCUGCCUCUGCUCGCUGCCCGACUUGCUGGGGCAGCUUAAUCUUGGAGACGAUGUGGUGAAAAUUAACAUUGACUGGAGCAAGUUUCAGCACACUCCGCCACCCCAGCCCAUGUUGCUCUUAAGUGUUCUGCAGCAGCAUAUUUCAGAUUUGCAGCUAUUUGUAGAAAAACUCCAGUCUUUGAUUAAAGAAAAAAACGUCAUGCUCACUGAGGAUUCUAGUAAGGCAGAAGGCAAAACGGGGGAGGCUAAUUCAAAUGUAACAGAGAAAGAUGCGCAGAUGGAGGUGCAGGAAACAGCCUGUGCGUCUGGAAGCUCCAAAGAGGCACAUGUGGAUUUCAACCCAGAAGUGGUCCAGAUAAAAGCUAGAAAAGCUGAGAUCGACAGACGCAUAUCAGCCUUCAUCGAAAGGAAACAAGCUGAAAUAAAUGAAAAUAACGUCAGAGAAUUUUGCAACGUUAUUGACUGUAACCAAGAAAACAGCUGUGCUAGAACUGAUGCCGUGUUCACACCUUAUCCAGGAUUUAAAAGUCAUAUAAAGGUCUCUCGAGUUGUAAAUACCUACGGCCCUCAAACGAGAAAUGAAAACGCUCAUGGGUCCAGUCAUAAAGUAAACACCCUCCGCGAUUGUGGGAAUCAAGCUAUAGAAGAGCGGCUGCAAAAUAUUGAGGCUCAUUUGAGGUUGCACACAGGUGGACCUGUCCCAAAAGACAUUUAUCAAAGAAUUAAAAAGCUUGAAGAUAAAAUUCUUGAAUUGGAAGGAAUGUCACCUGAAUAUUUUCAGAGCGCUAAUUUGUCUGGCAAAAGAAGGAAAGGCCAACCGAAUCAAAACUAUUCUUUGGUUGAACUUGACGAGAAGAUCAGAGCACUUAAACAAACAUUGCUGCAAAAAACAAACGAGGAAAGGCCCAAGGUGGUUGAUGAGCUUCUCUGAGACCAACACGGUUUCACGUUUCCUUGUAUGCUUAAGAUUGAGCGGUAUUUAUCUAGGCACCCAACUGAAGUCUCAUAACUUGUCUGACUUGAUGCUAGAUCCCUAGCAAAAAUAAACUUCAGAAUGAAGAGGCUCUGGGAAUAACGUUGUGACUGUCUCAUCCCUUCUGCCAAAAGCUUGGCAGAGCCGUUCGUCGCCAGUUGAAGGAACGCUUCAGUUUCUCUCUGUGAAAAUAUUACACGUUAAAUGUCAUGUUUGUGGAUCUGAAGAGGGUCUUUGUCACUGUUCUGUCCAGAGGCUAUGUAUAAUGUGAUAUGUUGCUUGUUCGUAUAACUUUUAUAACUUUGUGAAAUAAAUGGAAGUGAAUGAUA